AUGGCGGAGAAAGACAGCGCUGUCGCCCAGCUGGACGACGCCGCGUCGUUUCCGCUCUUCUCCGAGCUCCCGGAGAGCGUCCAGGCCUACGUCGCGUCCUUCGUGGAGGACGUGAAGGAUCUGAAGAGCCUCGCGUGCACUUCACGCGCCAUGCACCGCGUCACGGCGCACUACCGCGAGCGAUGGCUGUGUUGCAAGGCCUGCGCCCGUCGCCUGUUCGCGGAGCGCGCCGUCAUCGAAGAGUACCCCGGCUCCUCGAAACUCGGAUUCCAGAUACCGCGCGUCGGCGACGGCCCAAGCGUCCGCGUCGACGACGCCCGCCACUUCGCCACUGACGAGACCGCCCCAGCGGAUCGGAACCUCAUCUACUACUUCUUCGCCUUCCACGGGAUGCGCUGGGCCAUCGAGCCGUGGUUCAAGCCGCUCGUGCGCCGCCUGCGGUGUCCGAACUGCCGCUUAUACCUCGGCAUGGCCAUCGACGAGAUUCCCGACCCCCCCGAAUACUCCCCCACCGGAAACGCUCUCUACUCGUCCUCCAGCGACGACAGCGACGGCGUGGGUCGUCCCAAGACCUGGAAGUGCCUGGAAGGCAUCGUCCUCGUCGACAGGGACCUGCUAGAGCGGCGGCGGUGGGACGGCCGCCCCUGCACGGCCGCCUCGAACGCGCCGCUCCCGCGCGUGCCGCUCCUGUGUCGCGGCCCGCAGCCGCGACGCCCGGCGCCCGCGGGCGCCCCGGCCGCGGACACCACCCCCGCCCAGGACGCGAGUCAGGCUGACGGAGGCGCUCACGGCGCGACGCCCCCCGCGCGCGCGGCGGGCGGCGCCGCAGCGGCCGCCGCGCAGGAAGAGGCGCCGCGGUGCGGCAGCGUGCUGUUCCACAGGCACCAGGUGCUGUCGACGGGCCACGUGUGGGACGCGGGGUCGGGGGCGGAGCCUGCGUGGUACGUGAAUGCGCCGCUGGCCGGUGCCGUGCGCGUGGGCCCGCGGCACGGCACGGAGCUGGCGCAGGGGCGCAUGUCUGUGGCGGACGUGGAGUGCGCGAGGUGCGGGAGGUGUAUUGGGUGGCGUUUCGGGCGGGAUCUGGAGGCGUACGACAAUGUGCGCUUCGAGGGCCGGUGGGGGUUCGUGGCGUCGGCGCUGGCGGAGGCAGACGGCGGGCGCGCGACGGGGGGCGUCGGCAGUGAGACGAUGGGGGGGGGCGUGUCGAGCCGAAGCGGGGGGUCGUCGCCGCGAUCGUCGGGGCGGAUGGACGGCGGCGGCAGCGGAGGGUGA